UCAAAUCAGUUUGUUAUCGUCUGUCUUGGCCACAGCACGGAAGAAAAUACGUAGAAUGUUGAGUACGAAAAUUAAAAAUGUUCCCCACAGCUGUGCUUGUGUGUACUUUCCAAUAGUUUAGAAACCCUACCGUUAAAAGACCCCAACUGGUAUCUGUUCCGGAUCGUGCUAGUAAAUAAAGCGACACGCUUAGCAUAAGUAGCGGCAAACCAACGAAAGGAAAAAGGCUCCUGCUGCUGCUGCUGCUACUACUGCUGCUGGACAGGAACGGAAAUGAUAACGACAAAAUAUUUGUUUCUGCUGAUACUGAUUACUGCGGGCUUUGCGUUCAUUCUACUUUACAACUGGUUCUCGACAAAGGUCAUCCUAGCCGAUAAGCAGCUAACAAUCCAUCUCGCUGAAGGAAACAAUGAGCAACUGAUACACAGCAACGUUAAUCACUGGCAAACGGCCACAGCGAAGGUGGACGACAGCACAACCUACCGGAACUAUGAUGAACAAAUUGUGAUAAUUUACAACCGGGUGCCGAAAACGGGCAGCACCAGCUUCGUCAACCUGACGUACGAUCUGUGCAAGAAGAAUGCAUUCCACGUACUGCACAUUAACAUUACCGCCAACAUGCACGUACUGUCCCUGCCCAAUCAGCUCAAGUUUGUGCGGAACAUAACCGCCUGGGACAGUAUGAAACCAGCCUUCUACCAUGGACACAUGGCUUUCUUAGAUUUUUCCAAAUUCGGCACGCCAUCGAAACCGCUGUACAUAAAUCUCAUCCGGCAGCCGCUCGACCGGCUAGUCUCGUACUACUAUUUCCUGCGCUACGGCGACGACUAUCGGCCGUAUCUCGUUCGCCACCGGGCCGGCGAUACGAUGACGUUCGACGAGUGUGUCGCCCGCCAGAAGCCAGACUGUGAUCCCACGAACAUGUGGCUUCAGAUACCGUUCUUUUGCGGCCAUCAUGCCGAAUGCUGGAACCCGGGCAGCAGCUGGGCGCUCGAGCAGGCGAAGCGUAAUCUCGUCAACGAAUACUUUCUCGUCGGGCUGACCGAGGAGAUGGACGAAUUUGUCGAGCUGCUGGAACUGUCGCUCCCCCGCCUUUACCGGGGCGCCGUGCAACACUUUCAAAAGUCCAACAAAUCGCACCUGCGCAAAACAAAGUCGAAAGUUGAACCAGCGCCCGAAACGGUGGCCAAAAUUAAGGAAUCGACCGUGUGGCAGAUGGAGAACGAGCUGUACGAGUUUGCCCGGGAUCAGUUCCAUUUCGUGCAGAGGAAGCUGCGGACGCCCGGCCGGAACGUGAUGCAAGAUUUUAUGUACGAGAAGAUUAAACCGAAUCCGAACGGUGCCGCCAAGAACUGAUACAGGAAUGGGCGGGAUCCGCGCAAGGCGAAACCUCCCAAACGACGGCGUUGGGAGAAGACUUGAGUGGGACCCCCUAGCAGCUGGGAAACAUGAAUGGGACACGAACGGUGGAAUGCAUGGUGUUUUGUGUGAUAUGAAUGUGGUGGGCUGUAUGUAUGUGUGUGCGAGUGUGUGCGUAGCAUGAAAAAGACACGGAGAAGAGACGGAAUGCUCAUGGAGAGUUAACAAAAACUAGGCUAAAGCGCGUUGUUGAUUAAUUGUAAUUUCAUUUCCUACUUAGCGGCAGCUUCUCACAGCUAGGCCAAGUGCAAGCACAUUUUGUCGCUCGGGUUUUGUUUUCCCACUCACAAAAACAACCGAAAAAAAAACACACUGAACUGUGCGAACUACUGAUCAUCAAACGUUGCGCUUAAGCAAGCGUAGUAGAUAAGUUUUUUUUUGUAUAUGUAUUAGUCAAUUCUCACUUCAAGCUGAUCAGUUCAAAAGACAACCAUUUUUAAACUCAUUCCUAUUAUAUAUCGUGUAUCGUGAACAGUUUCCUAAAGCGCUUCAGUUCCGAAGUGCGCAAUCUUCAAUCAUACUGCGAGAGUAAAGAAAAAGACGUCCUGUGUAGCUUGUCAGUUUGUCUGUAUGUGUGUGUAAGAAAAUUAGGCGAUUAAUGAAAUGAAGAAAAAACCAAAUCCGCAGCAAGACGCAUACAAUAACUAAAUGAAUAAAUGAAAAUAUUUUUACUUAAGCACUAA